UAGCCUUACGGAGAUGACUCCCAGCAAAGCAGCAGUUGUUUGCUGCCUUUGCAAAAGGCCAAAUCGAGCAAGUUGUGUCGGUAGCCAACAGAGUCCCAACCAGGCAGCGUCCCAAGUCGACUGACGAAAGGUGUUGUAUUUGGUUCUGGCUAUCCAAGCAUGACCUUGAUGCCUUUUUUGUCAGCGCAGCCCAUCGCACGCAUCAGCACACUUUGCAGAAACAUCGACCACAGGGUCACCCGUCUGGGGAGUCUACUCGACCAGUGCUGCCAAUGGAUGGUCCCAAACGACGUGCAGAUGAUCCAAAGCAGAACGUAGCCCACGGGAGACGAUGGCGGACUGGGCGUUGCCACGGCACACGGUUCUGCUGCUCUGGCGGCCAAGCCGUCGAAUCGCUUGCGUUUGUAUCAGGCAUGAUAGCAGCUUGUGAAAGACGCGGUGGAGUUGCGCCAGCGCUGUUUCCACUUGAUGGAUGCGCGACCGUUGCAACGUCGACAUGGCGGCCCACCUUUGCUCGUCUUGGCGGAUUUGCAUGAGCUGGAGCUCGAGCUCCAUGGCCCUCUCGUGCAGUUUGUUUCGCUCGUUCACAAGGGCAUCAUGUGUGCGAUAUGCUGCUUCUGUGUGUGCCGCCAGCUGCGUUGUUCGGCCAUCAAGUACUCCACAGCGUCUCGAAGUUGAGCAUUGUCCCGGCGCAAGGAGGCCGACGUUGCACUCGACCGCAUCCGAUCGCUUUCGACAUGUCGUACCCGAUCCAUGAGGUCUUGGUUCUGUCGAGAAAGGCACGUGACUUGGUGCUCACUGUCGAUGGAUAUUUGAACUUGCUGCUGUUUUUCCACGCGCAGAUUCGCCAUUUCCUUCUCGUGCUGUCUUUGUCGUCGCGUGAGGUCGUCCAGCUGAACUGCCAACUCAUUGCGCUCCCUUUCCAUUUGAAAGUACUUUUCCGCGAGAAGGUUUCCAUUUCGCGCUGCCAAGUCCAGUAGGCACCGCUGGUCGUGUACUUCUGCUAGUGACCACGACAGCUGCUCUCGUAAGGUUGGCUCGUUGUUCUCAGAGGAGCAAGAACAUGCCUCCUCGAGCUGCUUCAACGCACUUGGCGUCCCGAUCGAGCUUGUAGUCACGUCCAGCGGCAUCGUGUUGAGUGAAUGCCACAAACAAACUCGAGGGCGGCGAUCGGUUGCGUGCUGCGUCGGUGCAAUUGCACGAAUCUAUUUUUAG